AAGAGAAGAAAACGACGCCAUUAGAGCACAAUAUCUGUGUGAGGCCUUGAGGGUAAAGCCCAUGCCAAGAAGCCCAACCGGCCCAGUAGAGCUGGGCCCUGGAUAUGAUCCAAUUUAUGAAUUUAAUGACUUUUCAAAACUAGGAAUUAGAAAUUGAUUCAAAGCGGGAAACACGAGUUAUGUCCACAAAUGCAAAUGUGGCAGUCAGUCAGUAUCAAUUCUUUGUACUCUUCAAUGCACUCACCAACCACUGCAUAGAAACUAACUGCGAAGAACCCUAACUAGUGAUCUCCCAAAUCCCUAACUAGUGAUCUCCCAAAUGUGGCCAGUAGUGGUAGCUGCAGCAGUCGCAGGGACUACCAGUCUCGUCGCCAAACACUUCCUAAACCAAAAUGGCUCAAAUCAAGAUCAUAUUCGAAACUGCGACCAAGAAAUUCCGGUUGUUGAUGAUCCCGGGCUUCAAGUCCCAAACGUUUCCAGCGAUGAUGGCAUCUUCAGGUUUUCAAGCUCAGGGCCUAGUAGGGAAAUCGGCAAUUCGUCGAAAAAAUCUGAGAUCGGGAGAUUGCGGAAGGCCAAGAAGGGAUCGCUUGGUGCUCGAGGUGUGGAGGUGAGUCGAAGGAGAUUUGCGGUUUGCUUUAAGAGGAGGAAAACUGCCAAGAAUGUGUCUGCUGAUUACAGAUCUUGCUCCUCGAAAGAUAGCGCUUUGGUUGGUUUGGGACUUGGGGUUGGGAUCAUGUGCAUGAUGUCUGCUGGGAAAGACGAGAUCAGAAAGCUGAACAAAGCCAUGGAUGAAACUGCAAAGGUUGUUCAGGAAUUUAAAUCUGAAUUUUAUAGGAGAAAAUCAUCACGCAAUCUUCAGAGAUUGCCUACUCCAAGUGAAGUUGCUGGAAGCCCACAGAAAAGUGGGAACGGUAUUGCCCAGUUAGUGCUCAAUAAGUCAACUAAAUUUAGUAAAGACCCUGAUGAUGUGAAAAUGUUUGGUACAAGUGAUGAUGGGGAGUGUGCAAGUAGUGUUCUCACAGAAGAACCGCAAGCAGAGGUGUUGGAAAUGGAUGAACUGGAAGCACAGCUUGAGUUUGAACUGCAAAAGCUUCCUUGGUGCACAACAGAUUCUUCUUGCUAUGAGGGAUUAAGGCCAAAUCUAGGCAAGUUUGACCAGGGAUAUGUUCCACAGACUAAGGUUUCUGGUGAAGGCUUUCAUGAACCAGAUGGGCAGAUUUCAGUCCAAUUUGGCGGAGUUCUGCCAUCUGAACUAAACCAGAAACUGUGCCAUCUGCAAAUUGAACAACAAGAAAACCAAAUUGUGGAGCUGGAAUCAGAACUGCAUUUGGCCCAUUCCAAACUCCAGCAAAAGGAAGCUGAACUCCAAGCUCUAAAGGACUGUGUUAAACGUCUGACCAAAUUCUCUCUUUCGAGUUUUUCGGAUGAUGAAACAGAGGCACAGGAGGAGAAAGAGCAACAUGCUGUAUGUGAUUACAAUGUUAAGGCAGGAUGCGAGUCAAGAAAAUCAAUGGUUGGGAUGAAAAGACCAAUUGACUGCUAAUCUCAGGAAUAGCAUUUACACCAUGUGCUGUUACUCCUGUAAUUCUGUUUAUAUAUAUGCCGUUUCACAUCUGAUGUCAUCUGGUUCAACCAAGAUCAUGGCUCCCUGAACAUGCACAUCACCUGCGGGGUAUCACUGUUACAGCCCAGCCUACCUUCCCAGUAUUUAAUAGUGUCAGAUUAAGAACUAAGCCUCUAUUUUUUUGUAUCCUGCAUUGUAUAUUCUAUUAUUGCUGAUAUAUUUAUAUGUCUAGUGUUUAGAGCUGAAUACUCUUCAACAAAUGCUUGCUUCCUGCUUUGUUGAAUGUUUAA